GUGAAGUUUUAUUGAGAACUCAUAAAAAAUCCACAAAAGAAAAGGGACAGCACUGGGAACGUGGCCGACCACUAGAGGUUCAUCCACAAAAUGGUGGCUUGACCCUUUAUACCCCUGGUUUUAUCAACAAAAUACAUUUUCGUAAGCAGUAAUUCAUAUUCCAAUGUUUUCCUUAUAUAUCCCUAGUCCCUCCCAAAGUCUGCCAGUUAACUCUUCUUUGCCAUCCACUGGUGGAGACCUUCUUGCAACUUGAUUGGAGCUGAGGUGUUGUCAUACCAAGGCCCCCCCAACAAGCUUCCCCCAUUCCCAGCUGCCUCACGCAAGAGGCACAUGUACACGCCCUCCCCCACUGAUCUUUGAUAACCAGUGCUGUCUGGUGGCAACAAACAUAGGGAGAAAAAAGGAUUAAAGGGAGAACAAAAAGCGGUCCAAAACCAAUCUACAACGAGUCACACACCGAAAGAACUUCUAGCCUGAAUAAAACUUGUUUUAACACACAUAAUAUCCAUUCCUCAUUUAUGAGAACCAAUCACCACACAACCCAUCUAUAACAGGUAACAUGGUGUCUGGUCAUAGGUUGGGCUGGAUGCUCUUAAGGUUUGUCUUCUCCAGCCUAAUUAAUUCUUUGAUCCUUCCCACCACUCCCCAAAGAUACUCUCCCAGAAAGAUUCCUGUGCCUCCAAGGGGGAUGUGCUAGAGUGACUUUAUGAUGCUUGUAUCCCCAAUCGCCUGUUCUGUUUAUGCUGGAUAUGAUGUACCUUUAAGACUAGUUCCAAGAGUGAAGCCAGGAGAAAGAGAAGCACAAAGUUUGUUUUCAGAAACUGCCCUCACUCCUCCACAUUCUGCUCCUGGACUGUGUUGUCUGCAGCACAGACAGACAGCAAGAUGGAGAUCUCCUUUGCUUUUAGUUAGUUUUAGCUAGCUGAGGCAGAGAAGUUCCCUAAACGGUUUUUUCUUUCUUUCCUUUUUCUCGGAACUGUUCAAACCUACACUAGACUGAAAACCCAGAAGAGCAGCAGCAGCUCACACCUGUGGCCCAUUGGGGCCUGGACCUUGGCAUUUUCCAGCACUGGAGGGACUGAUAAGAGACUGAGCAAGCCAAGCUACACUCCACGACAAAGCCUUUCUGAAUUUGCCAUCUCUUCAAACAGGGAGAGGUUUUAUUGUUUCGUAUUAUUUUUUAUGCUUGUGAAUCCUUUGCUUGUUAAAUAAAACGGUUUUUUUCCGCUUUUCUCCAAAGAAAUCUUUUCCCAAACCAGUUGGGCUAAGGGCCACUUGAAUUUACUAUUCUAGAGACCCCAUUCAGAGGUUUUCUCCCAAAUUUACCCUAAAUCAAGACAGAGGAGCAUGAGGACAUCCAUGGAGCAUCUGGCCAGGGCAUCUCCUGGACAUGCUGAUCCCUGGGCCUGAAUCAAAAAAUAGGCAGCUUUGCAGGCCACCAGAAUUCAAUUUGUUGGUGUGCUAAGAGAACCAUAUUGGUUUGUACCCUGAAACCUGGAGCUGUGAAUGGCACAGGCAACAGGCUCUGCCCUCACACAGGGCCCCUGCGAGCAGCUCAGCAGCCCCACAUUCCCCAGAGGCCCAAAAAAGGUGCAGGAAGCGGAGCUUGCUGCCCUCAGCAAGGCCUCGGCUAGCACGAAGUGUGGCAGCGCCAGGCAGCCGAGAGCGGCGCGGAGAAAGCGCGGGCAUUUCCCUAACUCGAGAGCGGCGCCCAGCAGCGUACCUCCGGCGGGCUGCUGGAGGAGAGGGCCCGCCGAUGGACUAGCUGCUCCCAGAGCGGGCCAGCUGGCUGGCUGGCUGCUGCGGGAACGACAGGGCUGCUGCGGGAGCGGACGGCCUGGUCAAAUACUGAGAGUGUGUGGCAGCUGGCUGCUGCGGGAGCGGACCGGCUGGCUGCUAGGGGAGCGGACGGCCUGUCAAAUACUGAGCGGGUGGGGCAGCUGGCUGCUGCGAGAACGGAGCGGCUGUUCGGCUGGCCAGUCGGCCGGCCGGCUGCUGCGGGAGCGGACCGGCUGCCUCGCUCGCUAGCAGGCUCUGCGCACAAGCCGUCGCUGCUGAAGGAGCGGGCGGCACGGCCCCCGCGCUCCCGUUUCCCGGGCGCGCCCCCGCGCCCAGCGCGCAGCCGCACUGCUCCAACACAGUUUCUUGUUCGCGUCGGAGAAGCCGCUUCCGUUUCCAACGCCGCAUUCCGGCCACACCUGCCCGCGCCCGAGCCCCGGCUCGCUCCGCCGCCCGAGCCGCCCGAGGAGGACCCCGCGCUCAGCCGCCUCAGCAAGCCAUGUCCGAGGAGGUAGGUGGAAUACUAAAUGAUUGUCAACAAAGAAAUUUGUGCCUGUGAGGCAGUUAAAGAAUUCAGCACACGCGAACAACUCUUGUUAGCCUGCAAUGAACUUCAGGCAGUGAAUAUCACUGAAGUGUUUUGCUAAAAGCUGCACCUAAAUUAAGUUCAUGAAUUAUGUGUGUGUGAAGACUGAGGAAGAGGAUGAAGCAGUGAUUAUGGAGCACGGAGACAACGGGCUGGCCACCGAAAGCUUCAUGCCAGUGCAGCAGAACCCUGAAGCAAACAGUGCUGUUCACCACAUGAGUCAACUUGCCUACAGACGCGAAGGCCUGACAGUGCUUGCUGAUCAAACGGCCUCACAAAUGACCCAUUCUGCAAUGAUGCAGAGAGGAAAUGGUCACAGCCCUGAAAAGAGGGAUUUUGUGGUUUUGCAAAAUAAAAGAAAACGACUUUCUCCUGCUGUAGUGGAACACAAUGUGAUGAGAACCAGCGAAGAAGAAUAUGAAGAUAGUGACAGUGUCAUUUAUGAGUAUGAACCAGACUAUGAAUGUGAGAGCAUUUUAUCUGAAGCUUCUUAUACUGGAUAUCAGCAGAAUCCUCUUAUGGAAGUCCUCAGUUAUUGCCAGGCCAUGUAUGAUGCCAUUCAGAAGCUGGAUAAAAAAUUUGACCUGCUUCAUCGUAAGGUCUCAGAAAUGCAGCAUAGUCGUAUAAAGCCAUUGUUGCUCAAACCUAAACCAUUUGGAUUUACAUACAGAAGUUCCAGUCAUUUGCCUUCAGGAAAAAUAAGAGUACAAAAACCCAUGGAAAGGGAUUUAAGUCUUCAUGUCCCUUCAUCAGGCCAGGGAAGGCAUAGCCCAGUUGUAAGGGUUGCUUUACAAAAUGGCCACGUUCAAGUCAAUUCCAAAGUCAAACAUGCCCCACACAGUUUUCAGCUUGAAUCUCAGCAGCCUCUUGGAAGGCAGAGCCCACCACUCCCCACUAUAGUUUCUACACAUUCAUUGCAUUCAUCAUACACAGCAACUAAUGGGAUGCCUGACCUUUCACCACAAUCAAAUCUUGCUCCCAGUAUUGUGGAAAGUACUGUGAACGUUGCAUCUUCUCCUGUGGCAUCACCCUCGAUACCAGCACCAUCUGAGCCCAGUCAGGAAAACAGUGCUGUGGAGCUGAGCUACAAAAAUGCAUCUGAGGACGUGAAUAUUAGUGAAGAGCUACCAUCUUCUUCAGUCUUCAUCAACCCUAGCUUUGAAGAGUUUGUUGGUGACCCAGCAAGAAAUGUCAAAGUUCUUGGAAGCCACUUGGUGAAGGCUCGGCAAAAGACCAAACCCAAGUUUGCAGCGCGCCACUUGGUGCGUGUCCUGUUCCCCAAGAAAACUCUACUGUGCAGCGUCAUGGGAGCGAGCGCACGAGGGCGCAGGACACUGGAUCCAAACAAAAUCGCUGCAAUAAGAGAGUUUCUGGCAACUAACUUUCCAACCUAUGAUUUGAGCGAGCAUGGAAAAGACUGGAAAACCUGUAUCACAAAUGUCAAUUCUAUGAUCCGCUGUUUACGCUCUGAAACCAAAAGAAACUCAGCAAGUUCUCCUAAGGAGACAGCUGAGGGGAAAGAAAAAGUGUCUGAUGCUCCUGAUACAUCUCAUUGUGUAGAUUUAAAUUAUAAUGAAGAUAGUGAAGACAAUUCUCAAAGCUUUCAGAAAAUGACGAGCUCCACAACUGACACAUUGCAGAAUUCAGGACUGGAUAAGUUUCCAGAAGCUUUCCACACAUCAUCAGUCAAGAAAAAACAGUCUUUGGAACCUAUGGAACCUCUUGGGAGCCCAUGGCGCAAUGUUCUGUUGCCUUUCUCAGUCAUUUACGUCGCCAAGGGGAAGACGCGGCCAGAACUGUCAGCUCGCUACCUAAUUCGUCAUAUGUUCCCUGAGGAUGUGCUGGUGAAAAGCAACGUCUAUGGAAGUCUUGAUCGUGGCAUGAGCCCGCUGGAUUCCAAUAAAAUUAAUGCUCUCAGAGAAUUUCUUCAAGAGAAUUUUCCAUCCUUUGAUCUAAAUGAAAGUGGAUCUGAUUGGAAGGCAUGCGUGGCUGCCAUAAACAGCACAAUCCGCAGUCUCAGACAUGAGCUCAAAAAGGCUACGUCUGGAAUCCGCCAGAGAGCCCUGGCAGUGCCGCCCUCCAGCACAGAGUCCCCCAGAGGAUCCCACCUCCGUAAAGCCGGUGGAAAGCAACACUCUCAUAUCUCAGACUGAAGCUCUCUAGCAUCUGUCUCAAAUCUUAAUUUAGCAGGUUUUUAUUUAUUCCAUGUAGAAGCCUGUAAUACUGAGCUGCCCUGUUCAGCUGAGUUGUCAGCAGCGCUAAACAGCAUCACUUCAUGAGACCAAAGCUGGCAGAAGGCUUGGGAGCCCUAACUCUUUGCAUAAGUAGCGUUUGUGCUCCUCAGAAAUCAUUUUCACUGUUCCUGUGGCAUUUGCAAUGUGCUCUCUCCUAAAAGCAUCUUCUCCUCAUGAUUCAUUGAAUCUGAAAGAUUAAUCUGAUUAGAAAAGAUGCACUGUGCAUCAGUUCAGCAGAAGCAGAUGGAAAAGAGGAGAGGAAAGAGUGGUCCUCCUUGGAGGGUGAAUCAUAGCCAGCUAAAUUAUCUAAUUACAUGUGAGGAAUGAAAUUUGCUUUGGCAGCUGGAUAUCUUCAGCAAAAAUACCAGAAAGGAACAAAUGUUUUUUAAUUGCAUUUAGUUAACUUGUUGUAUCUGGACUUGAUGAUAUUCGAGGUCUUUUCCAACCUUAAUGAUUGUAUGAUCGCUCACAUUUUUGCCUCCUGUAUCAGUGGUUUUUGUUGGAUAAGAGGAAGACAACAAUAUAAGUACAGCUGGUAAUAUUGUUUUGCUCUGAUUUAGCUCUACAAAAAGGACAAAAAACCCUAUCCAAAACAAACAGUCCAAUGGUUGGUUCUGUUUUUUCUUAAUGAAAUUUAAGGAAAAUACUUCAGGAUCCUGAACUCCACCGUCUCAUGGUUACUGCAGCUAAAGCUUCACAUUUUCAGCAAAUCCCUUGUAGGUGGUAUGCAGUCCAGAAAAGCACUUGUCAAUAACUGUUCAUGCCUUUGCCUUUUCUUUGUGUCCACACAAGACUAAGAUUUAUUAGUGCACUAAGUUAUAUAUUAAAAAAAAUGAACCAAACAAAUUUAACAAAUUAAUUUUCAAAAUCACUUGGAUGUCAAACUUCUAAAAAUAAGUAAAAAUUUAUUACCAUAUAUAUUCAAUUUCACAUCUUUCUGGAUUUCGUUGAUAAGUUAGAAUUCAAGAAUAGUAAUUGCACAGAAGUUAAUGGGGUUUUUUGUUGGGUAGGUUCUUUGUUAUUUGGGUAUUUUGUUUGUUUGUUUUCAAAAAAGGAAGUAAUCAUAGAAUCAUCAAAUAUGCUGAGUUCUAAGGGACAUAUCAAGAUCAUCAAGCCCAAGUCCUGACAGUAUUAAGGAUCAUCCCCAAAAUGACACCAUGUGCCUGAGAGCAUUGUCCAAACGCUUCUUGAGCUCUGUCAGGCUUGGUGCUGUGACCACUUCCCUGGGACCCGUUCCAGUGCCCAACCACCUUCUGGAUGAAGAACCUUUUCCUGAUAUCCAACCUAAACUUCCCCUGUUACAGCUUCAGGCCAUUCCCUCAGGCCCUGUCACUGGUAACAAGAGUGAAGAGACUGGUACCUGCCCCACCUCUUCCCUUGUGAGGAUGUUGAGAACCACAGUGAGGUUUCCCCUCAGUCUCCUCCAGGCUGACAAAAACCAAGUGACCUCAGCCUUGAGACCAAGAGACCUCUCCUCAUGGCUUCUCCUCCAGACCCUUCACCAUCCUCAUGGCCCUCCUCUGGACACUGUCUAAUAGCUGAAUGUCUUUCUUGUAUCGUGGUGCCUAAAACUGCCCCCAGCACUCGAGGUGAGGCCACCCCAGUGCAGAGCAGAGCAGAGCAGGACAAUCCCCUCCCUUGCCCAGCUGGCAGUGCUGAUGCCCCACAAGACACGGCUGACUCUCUUGGCUGACAGGGCACUUCUGACUGAUAAUCAAUUUGCCAUCAACCAGGACCCUUUCCACAGCUGCUCUCCAGCUUCUCCUUCCCCAGUUUAUACACACAGCAGGGUUGCCCUGUUCCAGCUGCAGAAUCCAGCACUUGUCCUUGUUGAACUCCUGUGGGAGUGCAGUUGGCUUCAGACCUUCUGUAGAAAAAAAGGGUCCAGUGCUGGCGAGAUGGGUCCGGUCUUCCUCUGAGAACUCAGUGAAAAAUCAGCUGAUCUGGGGGCCCUGUGUCCCCAUUUUAUCUGGGUAGGGAAUGGUUGGCUCCUCCCCACUGGGUGCAGCAUCUCACAGUGGAAUGAGGUGAUGUUAUCAGUCAUGUGAGAGGCCUUAAAUGGCCCAUUCACAGGGGAUGUCCCUCGGAGGAGGAUGAGUGGAGGAAGAGAUAAGGAGGCUCUGCCUUAUCUGGUGUUAUCAGGUGUCCCAUUAACAGAGGGCAUCCACCUUCAUUCCCCCCCUAGAGUUACAAGAGAUAAAGAACAAUAUCUCCCAACGGUUUCAACAGAUGAAAAUAGAAUACACUUUUUUGGUUACAUUUUUCAACCCAAGACAACUCCAUACAGUUGGUAUAAGCCUUUCAGUUCUGUGUUUUCAGCAUCAGUCACACAGUCCUGCCAGUGCCUGUACUGGCUGACUGCUGGAUGAACUUGCCUUGCCACUUGUUGGGUCUGAGUCAAGUCUCAGAGGUCCAGUUUCUUCACAGAAGGAAGCUUCUUGGAAGGCUGGCAUAGAGAGUGGAUUUUACCUCUGAGAGCUGUGGAAACUGUGGCUUCCAAAAUAAUGCCUGUACAUAGCAGCAUUAGAUUUAACUAAAUCUGUCCUUUCCAAGCCAACAGUUUCAUAGUUUAUUUGUUAGCAAUAGGAUAAAACAGUGAAUUUACUCAUUCUCACUUCAACUUCUGUUCAUAACAGACAGUCUUUACUGUAUAGAGUAUAGGACCAGCUUUUUAAUUGCAACUUAGGAUAUGCAAUGGUCUUAUCAAAUAUGAAAUCAGUUGGUAAUUUAAAUUCCUCCAGUCACCUCCUUGCAGAAGUCCUUCUGUAGCAUUCAGGAAACAGAUGGAAUUUCUGAUUUUCUUUUCUUGAUAGAAAUGUUGUACUGCAAAUUUGGUUGUUCUGGUGUACUAUUAACAAAUUCUUCUGUUACUUUUUGUACAGUCCUUGUUGUAAAUACCAAGAACUUGGUUGUGUAUAGAUAUUACUAGUUCCAAACCUCAGAAAAAGCCAAAAAUGCUUAUAUUUUUUCAGUAGUUUUGCGACUUUUUUUCACUGCCCUUCACAGAUUUUAAUGGUAGAAGAAUAUAUUUAUUGAAUUGUCUGAAUGACAUAUCUGGCACUGAAAUCUGUUAAAUCUGUGGUGUAUACCUAUAGCUUCCAUCUUGAAAAGAAAAUUGAGUAAUUGAAGUAGAAAAAGUUUUCUUGUUUCUGUUUCAAAUGUAUCAAAUUUUGCUAACUUUUAUAAAGUACAGUUAAAGUAUUUUGCUGUUAGGAAUAAAGUAUUUUACAAAUAAAACUAGCAUAGCUCUUUGACUACA